UUUUGACAGGGAAGAAACACAAGGCGGGCGGCAAGGGGAGCGGGCAGGGGGCGGGGCGCGCUCGGGAGCGAACCAAUCAGCGCCCGCCGCGCUCUAUAAAAGGCGGCGCCGCCGGAGCCGCCUCAUUCGCGCCCCUCGCAAUGUCCGAGACCGCGCCCGCCCCCGCCGCUGAGGCAGCGCCCGCCGCGCCCGCCGCCAAGGCCGCCGCCAAGAAGCCGAAGAAGGCGGCGAGCGGCUCCAAAGCCCGCAAGCCCGCGGGGCCCAGCGUCACCGAGCUGAUCACCAAGGCCGUGUCCGCCUCCAAGGAGCGCAAGGGGCUCUCCCUCGCCGCGCUCAAGAAGGCGCUGGCCGCCGGCGGCUACGAUGUGGAGAAGAACAACAGCCGCAUCAAGCUGGGGCUCAAGAGCCUCGUCAGCAAGGGCACCCUGGUGCAGACCAAGGGCACCGGCGCCUCCGGCUCUUUCCGCCUCAGCAAGAAAACCGGUGAAGCCAAGGAAAAAGCUCCCAAAAAGAAAAGCACUGUAGCUAAGGCUAAGAAGCCGGCGGCUAAAAAGCCCGCCAGCGCCGCCAAGAAACCGAAGAAGAUGGUGACUGCGAAGAGCCCCAAGAAGGCGAAGAAGCCGGCGGCCAAAAAAGUAGCCAAAAGCCCCAAGAAGGCCACAAAGGCUGCCAAGCCUAAGAAGGUGGUGGCAGCAGCAAAGAGCCCGGCCAAGGCAAAGGUGUUAAAACCCAAAGCAGCCAAGCCGAAAGCAGCCAAACCCAAAGCAGCCAAGGCGAAGAAGGCAGCGCCAAAGAAGAAGUGAGCCCCUUACUGAGGAGGAGUCUUGCUCCGCAUUUAAACCAAACGGCUCUUUUAAGAGCCACCCAAAUUUUCUUUAAAAGAGCUGAAAUGA